AGAAGGUGAUGAUUUUCUUGGCACAGGAAAACAAAACAUCGCUGUCAAGUGUUAACCUGCCAAAGGCAUAUAGCCCACCAAAGGCUUCUUUAUGUUACCCUGGAAGCGAAAUUCCAGAUUGGUUUACCUUUGCAAGUCAGAAUGGUUAUAUAGAGCUUCCAUCAGGUUGGCUCAAUGAUGACUUAAUUGGUUUCGCUUUGUGCGCUGUUGCAUCAUUUCGAGACUAUAGAGAGGCUGGAGCUUCGCAAGUUCGUUGUUUUCUGGUUGUUGGCGAGACAAUCGUUUCCUCUGGCUGUUUGUUUAAUGAUUAUGGACAUAAGGUUAUUGAAUCAGAUCAUGUAUUCUUAGGAUAUGAUUAUGAUAUCAUGGCCUUGGAAUUGCUUACUCUCAGCUCGAAUAGCAAGGGCUACAUGGAGUUCUUUGUUGAGCAUGGAAGUAAUAAUUGCAGAAAAAAAACCAAGUUGAAAAAUUGUGGAGUCAGACUGUUGUACGCCAAAGAUAAUUAUAUGAGAACAGAUGCAAGAGUGGACAGACACCUGAGAUUUCCAGCUAAAAAUGGUUGCUUGAGGUGCUCUCUCCGUUGCUGCGUGAAACAUGAUGAAAUGUACGAAAAAAACCCGUACGAAAUUUUAGAUAGGUGGUCCCCACAUUCAGAAAUAUACAAGCCACCGAUAAGAAAGGAUUAUUUAACGUAUACCGGGUACAAAGUGGUUGCACACCGUGUGCAUCGGAAGCGCCUGGAUUGGGCUAGACUUUAGUCAAACUUGGAGG